AUGCUCUUCGCGCGCAGAGGAGGAGGAAAGGGGUUGAAGAACGCUUUCGAAGACACGCUGAGAACGCGGCAGCUUUUAUUGCACUUUUCCUCCUCCGCUUCUUUUUCCUCCUCCAAAUCGAGGAGCAGUGAUGAUGAUGCCGCGAAUACUAAAGAUUCAUUCCGGUACCAAAAACUGUUCGAUUACGAAACGAAGAGAAAAACGCCGUGGAAAAAGUUGACGUCUGAGUACGUUUCCGUCGUGGAGUUGUCCGAAGGUGGUGGACGGAAGCAAAAGUUCCUGAAAAUCGAACCGGAAGCGUUGCGUGUACUCUCGGAAGCGGCGAUGAUUGAUAUCGCGCAUUUACUCCGACCAGGGCAUUUGCAACAGUUGAGGAACAUUUUAGACGACACCGAAGCGUCCAAGAACGAUAAGUUUGUCGCGCUGGAACUGUUAAAGAACGCGUGCGUAGCCGCGGGGAAAGUUUUACCGGGGUGUCAAGAUACCGGGACCGCGAUUGUCGCCGGGUACAGAGAUAUGGGGGUUCUGACCGAUGGGAACGACGAGGCGUUGAUAUCGAGAGGCGUGUACGACGCGUACGUGAAGAGGAAUUUGAGGUACAGUCAAGUGGCGGCGACGACGAUGUACGAGGAGAAGAAUACCGGGUCGAAUUUACCCGCGCAGAUUGAUUUAUACGCGACGAACAGUAGUGGUUUUAGCGCUAGCAGCAGUAGUAAAAGUAGCGACAAAAGCAAUAACACAACGGAGGAAGAUAAAGUGCCGGAGUACCAUUUCCAUUUCAUGGCGAAAGGCGGCGGGUCCGCGAACAAGACGUUUUUGUUUCAAGAAACGAAAGCGCUUUUGAAUCCUACGCGCAUGAAGUCUUUCUUGGAAGAGAAGAUAAAACUUCUGGGAACGUCGGCGUGUCCACCGUAUCAUUUAGCGCUCGUCGUGGGUGGAUUGUCCGCGGAACAGAAUUUGAAAACCGUGAAAAUGGCCUCGGCGAGGUACUACGACACGUUGCCAACCACCGGGAACGCGUACGGCCGAGCGUUCCGCGACGUCGACUUGGAACAACAAGUUUUACAAAUUACGCGAGAGAUGGGCAUUGGCGCGCAGUUUGGCGGCAAAUACUUUUGCCACGACGUUCGCGUGAUUCGUUUGCCGAGACAUGGCGCUUCGUGUCCUGUCGGUUUAGGCGUUUCGUGUUCUGCCGAUCGACAGGCGCACGGGAAAAUUACCAAAGACGGCGUGUUCAUAGAACAACUGGAAGACGACCCAGCGCAUUAUUUACCGGAAAUCAAGAUGGGAAGCGAAAGCGAUAAAAGUAACGACGUCGUAAAAGUUGACCUGAAUCAACCGAUGGCAGAAGUGUUGAAAACCUUAUCCAAGUGCCCGGUCGCUACGCGUCUCUCCUUGAGCGGCUCUUUGAUCGUCGCGCGCGACAUCGCUCAUGCCAAACUUCAAGAGCGCUUAAACAAAGGCGAGCCUUUACCGCAAUACAUGAAAGACCACCCGGUGUAUUACGCCGGUCCCGCAAAAACCCCGGAAGGUAAAGCCAGCGGUAGUUUCGGUCCAACCACCGCCGGUCGCAUGGACGCCUACGUCGACGCGUUCCAAAAAGCCGGCGGCUCUAUGAUCAUGCUCGCCAAAGGCAAUCGCUCCAACAAAGUCACCCGAGCGUGUAAAGAAAACGGAGGCUUCUACCUCGGUUCCGUCGGAGGCCCUGCCGCUAUUUUAGCCGAAACCAACAUCAAAAAAGUCCAAGUCCAAGAGUUCCCGGAGUUGGGAAUGGAAGCGAUUUGGAAAAUCGACGUCGUCGAUUUCCCCGCCUUUGUCGUCGUCGACGAUAAAGGGAACGAUUUCUUCAAAAAAUGGAGCCCGGAAUAA